AUGGCGCAGUGUACGGACAUCCCAGAACCAGCCUCUCCAACAGAAGCACCUUCAUCAGGCCUACAGCCACACGCUAGUGCUGUUGUUGCUGCUUCUGUUGGUGAUGACGGUGCUGCGGAGCCCGUUACACCGCCCGUGCGGCUCGCCUCGCUUCAUGACAGUGGAGGGGGCAGGUCUUCUGGAUGGCUUUCAUUUGGGAGCAGCAGCAUCAGCAGCAGCAGCGGGAAGUUGAGUGGGUCGAGUCGCAGUCGGGGGAGUCACGGCAGCAGCACCAGCAGCAGCAGCAAGAGCACCAGCAAGACAAGCAGCAGCAGCUCUGGGGGGAAGCAACACCGAAGCGUUGCUUCUGUUUCGGCGGCACCUGCUUCUGGGGAGUCCACUCAGAAGAGACGGAAGCUGCUGAGGGGAGGCGUUGCUGCAUGCGGCUACACGAGCAGCGAGAGUGACUCUGCUGCUGCUGCUACAGGAGGGGGCGCGCGUACUUCUUCUGGCGGUGGGCGUAGCGUUGGGCUUAGCAGCAAGAACAACAGCAACAAGGGCAGCAGCAGCAGCAGCAGCAGCGGGAGCGAGGCGACGGACAGCGACGAGGAGUCUCUGGACGCGCUGCAGUUGUGUCUUCAGGAGUCCGAGGCAAUGACUGAUUUAUUAGUGAAUGAAUUGGGAGGCCCCACGCCGGAGGGGCGGGGCCUCGUGCGGCAGCAGAUCGCCGCAGGCCGCUGCCACUGUAGUGCUUCCUUCAGUAUCCCGCCUUCGCUGCAGCAGCACAGUGGAGCGGGUUGGGAGCGUUUAAAGGACUAUCAGAAAUGCGGCGUUCAUUGGCUCGUCUCCAUGCACAAAGCAAACCGAAACGGCAUUCUUGCUGAUGAAAUGGGACUGGGCAAGACGGCUCAGACUUGUGUGUUUUUCAAUUACGCGUAUUCGAGCGGUUUGCUCUCGGCUCCAACUCUGGUGGCUGCUCCGGCGUCUUUAGUAGACAAUUGGGUUCGGGAGUUUGAAAUGUGGGCGCCACAUUUGUGCGGGCGAGUGGUGAAGUAUGCAGGGAAACAGUCAGAAAGGCGAAGUUUGGCGUUGCAGUGCAUCGAGUCGCUGCAAACGCAAGAACCCUUUCGGGUCCUUGUCGCAUCUGUCAACUCCUUGUCUAAUAAAUGGGAUAUUCAGUACUUAAGGCAACUCAGGCCGUUCGCUUAUCUCGUCGUAGACGAAGCGCAUGCACUGAAAAAUAAAGACUCCCAGGUCUACAAAAACAUCAACAAAAUGGCAAAAUGCGAAAGACGCAUUCUUCUCACAGGCUCGCCUAUUCAGAACCGAACCGGGGAGCUGCGCAAUUUGCUGUUGUUUUUGAUGCCGGCGGUCUUCGACGCGGAGUCGUUGGACUUGGCCCUGACUGCAUUCGAGAAACAGGCGCAGAGACAGAAGGCUUGCAAACAAAAAACACAACUCAAAGCGGAGAAACUGCAACAACAGCAGCAGCAACGGCAGCAGCAGCAACAGGAACAGCAGGGGCAACAGCAGGAGCAACAGCAGCAACAGGAGGAACCGAGAAGAGCCAGUGCCGACGCAUCCGAGCCGGACACCGCCGCCAGUUCUUCGAACGGCAGCAGCAGCAGCAGCAGCAGCAGUACUUGCGAGGAGCAGCAGGGUGCCGCUACAGCAGCUUCAGAUUCAAGGGGUUUUUUGAGCCGUGCAUUUGCCUCGUUGGCCAUUCGGGGUUCGGAGGGAGCAGGAGCAGAAGAGGGGCUGCCAGCGGAUGUGAUUUGUUUGCAGCGCGUGCUGUCUCCUUUUAUUCUGCGGCGCUUAAAGAGCGAAGUCAUGCAGGAACUCCCUAAAAAAACAAACAGAGUCGUCCGCUGUGAACUGGAAGACUCGCAAAAAGCCCUCUACUUAGAGGAGGUAAGGCGGCAUCAAUCCGACCUCGCCCUCUCUCUUAGAAGAUUAACACAGGCAUUUGCACCCAACGAGGAAACGGCAGAAAACGGCAGCAGCAACAGCAGCAGCAGCAGCAGCAGCAGCAGCGGGAGCGGUGCAGCGGCAAAGGAUUCAGCUGCAGAGGAGGGCCCGCAGGUGGCUGCCAAGGAUGAGUCAGGAGGGAAGCGGUUUGUGAGCAGUUUAUUAUUUCGUCUCCGCCGCAUUUGCAAUCAUUCGCUUCUCAUGCAAAGUCGAUACACUGCAGAACAAAAGGACCGCAUGGCCCGGCAUUAUGCAUAUCACGUCGACGGGUUCAAAGGAAACCCAAUUGAGAAAAUCCGCGCGGAGUUCGAUAAGUGGAGCGACUAUGAAAUACACCAGGGUAUUCGUAUGUUGGCUGAACAGGGCGAUAUGAAACUGGCAGAUUUAGCUUUGCCAGCGGAGUCGUUCCUCGAGAGCACCAAACUGCGGAAGGCGUUUGAGUUACUGAAGGAAGUGCAGAGCCGCGGCGAGAAGGCCUUGGUGUUUAGUCAAUUCACAACCUUCUUGGACGUCGUGGAGGAGGCGUUGCAGCUGCAUCUCCCUACUCUGCGUUUCUGUCGCCUUGACGGCUCGACCGUUGUAGAGGAGCGCCAGCGUUUGGUAGAUGGCUUCAAUCAAACGGGAGACUGCACUGCGUUUCUCCUUUCCACAAAGGCAGGAGGGCAAGGCCUCAACCUCACUGCUGCACGCACAGUCAUUCUUCUAGACCAGGACUGGAACCCGCAGAACGACCGCCAAGCAGAAGACCGCGUACAUCGGUUGGGGCAGACGCACGACGUGACAGUUUAUCGGCUUUGUUGCCGCGGCACUGUGGAGGAGUCGAUCUUAAAG